UAUCCUUCAACAGCAAGCACGAUGAGCAGCAAAAAAUCGGCCAGUUAUCCGGUGGCCAAAAGUCGCUCUGCGCCCUCGCUCUCAUCUUCGCCAUCCAAAAAUGCGAUCCCGCACCCUUUUACCUCUUUGACGAAAUCGACGCCAAUCUCGAUGCCCAGUACCGCACUGCGGUUGCCCAGAUGCUGCAGCGGCUCAGUGGCCAUGGUGGCAAAAAGGGUGAUGGAGGCGGUCAGUUCAUCUGUACCACGUUUAGGCCCGAGAUGGUGCAUGUGGCGGAUCGGUGCUAUGGUGUUAGUUAUUCGAAUAAGACGAGUAGUAUUGAUGUCGUCGAGAGGGAGGCUGCACUGGAGUUUGUUGAGGGCAUGCAGAAGACGUAGUCAAGGUCUGUGGUUUUUGUAUGUCUUUGGGGGAGGGAAGGAUUGUUCAAUGUAAAGGUAUUUCAAGGGUCAAUGAAGGAGUGAAUUA